GCAAGCCGGUGAGGCUAUGGACAUUCGAACAGAAGCGGCGCGGCUUGUAUUUUAGAGACAACUGUUAAAAAGGAUACAGCGAUUAGCGAUUAAAGUUUUUAAAACCGAUGUAGUAGAAGUUCAGAGGGUAAUCUAAAGGGGCUAGCAAACGCGUGUUUUAUGUGUUGGAAGAUUAACAGUGGCGUCUAAUUAGGAGAGUACGUCUUCACCGUCCACUUCAUGAGAAAGAUGGACCUGUUCAAGACGAGAUGCAUCAUUGUUGAACUGUUUAUCCAAAUGACCCUCUUUGAGGUGGUGUGGCCAUUGAACCAGAAUGACAUCAAUGUUUGCAGCGUUUGGGAAAGCUUCUCCACACUUGUAAAGGAGUCUUAUGCACACCCCGUGGAUCACGUGUAUGAAGAGCCAUGUGCAGACACAUGGAACAGGAAAUGUACACGGCACAUGAUCACAUAUCGGACUGCUUAUAGGCAAGGAGUGAAAACUGACUACAGGAGGCGCUACCAGUGUUGCCCAGGAUAUUAUGAGAGCAGAAAUGCUUGUGUUCCACGGUGUACACAAGAGUGUGUUCAUGGCCGCUGCCUGGCUCCUGAUCGAUGCCAGUGUGAGCCAGGAUGGCGUGGAGAGAACUGCACCAGUUCCUGUGAUGCUCAACACUGGGGACCUGACUGCAAGAAUGAAUGCGAAUGUCAAAACAAAGGCUGGUGUGACCCAAUGUCAGGAGUAUGUGUUUGUCGUAAUGGCCACUUCGGCUCCCACUGUGAAUACUCCUGUCCUUCGGGGACCUAUGGCAAGGGCUGCAAGAAGAAGUGCCAGUGUGGGCCUGGAGCCAUCUGUGACAAAGAAUCUGGGGAGUGUACUUGCGCAGAGGGUUAUACUGGAGACCUUUGUCAGACAGCUUGUACAUCCAAACCCUGUCCUCAUCACUGUCCUUGUCAAAAUGGUGGAAUCUGCCAAGGAAGAGGUAUCUGUCUGUGUCCGCAAGGCUGGACGGGGUCAGUGUGCACCGAAUCUUGCCCCCCAGGUUGGCAUGGGAUUAAUUGUUCUCAUGAGUGUUUGUGCUACAACAAGGGGCAGUGUAUUCCCACAGAUGGACACUGCAACUGUACAGUAGGCUUCACUGGAGAAAGGUGUCAGGAAGAAUGUCCAGUGGGUUGGUAUGGAAAAGAUUGUACUGAACAAUGCAACUGUGAGAAUGGUGCCCGCUGUUACCAUAUCAAUGGGGCAUGUCUUUGUGCACAAGGCUUUACUGGCCCACGCUGUAACCAAAGGAUGUGUCCAGGUGGUUUUUAUGGGAUGAAAUGUGAUCAGGCCUGUCUCUGCCACGAGGAGCAUACUCUCAGCUGUCACCCAUUAAAGGGAGAAUGCACCUGUAUGCCAGGCUGGGCAGGGCUCCUUUGUAAUGAGACCUGUCCUCAUGGAUACUUUGGGACAGAAUGCCGGGAGCCCUGUCUUUGUCUUAAUGGAGGAACUUGUAACAGUGAGACCGGACUCUGCCACUGUACCCCUGGCUAUUUGGGAAGGCACUGUUCUCAUCACUGUGCUCCUGGAACCUUUGGCACUAACUGCUCAUCUGAGUGUGUAUGUAAGAAUGCUGUGGCCUGCUCGCAUAUUGAUGGAACCUGCUUCUGCAAAGAAGGUUGGCUCGGGCCGGAUUGUUCUAUACCCUGUUCCAGUGGUACCUGGGGUCAGAACUGCAAUCUAACAUGCCAGUGUUUCAAUGGAGCAUCUUGUAACCCCCUAGAUGGGUCAUGUUCUUGUACCCCAGGCUGGAGAGGAGAAAGAUGUGAUCAGUCUUGUCCAGAUGGUAUGUAUGGACCCAGCUGUGGACUGCAAUGUAAAUGUCAGAAUGCGAAUGGAUGUGACCAUAUUAAUGGAGACUGCCACUGCCUUCCUGGCUGGAUAGGUGCAUCCUGUGACCAGCCCUGUGAAGAGGGUUACUGGGGACCCAAAUGCAGCAAAAACUGUAACUGCAAGAAUGGUGCCACCUGCCUGGCCUCAACUGGAACCUGCCAGUGUGCUCCUGGAUUUGAGGGUCCAGAAUGUGAGCAAAAUUGCCUGGCUAGCACAUUUGGUCGUGGCUGCACCCAGACAUGUCCACCUUGUGUUCACAGCACUGCCACCUGCCAUCACAUCACUGGACAAUGCGAAUGUGAUCCUGGCUAUAUGGGCCCACUCUGCAGUGAAGGCUGUCCUGCAGGACACUAUGGAAAGCAUUGUACCAGCAUUUGCAAAUGCUUCAAUGGUUCUUCAUGCAACUCAGUUGAUGGAUCAUGUACCUGCUUGCCAGGAUGGACGGGCAGUGACUGUAUGCUGGGAUGUACCCCUGGAACAUUUGGGCUUAGGUGCCUCCAGAUCUGCUCUUGCCCCAGUAAUGUUACUUGUGACCCUGAGACAGGAAAGUGUUCAUGUGAGUUAAGCAGGUCGGGAGACUGCAUCACAGAUGUGAAAGGAAGCUCAGUUAUUCCAGUGGUGCCAGUUGAGAGGGAUUCCCUGGGGGCAAUCAUCGGCAUUGUUGUUUUAGUCAUUUUGGUGGUUCUGCUGCUUGCUCUCCUUAUUAUCUGUCGCUGCCGACAAAGGGGCAAGGAGAGCCGGGUGCCUGCUGUAUCCUACUCUUCCUCUCAUGUGAUCAAUUCAGAAUAUGCCAUCCCAGAUGUCCCUCACACCUACCAUCAUUAUUAUUCAAACCCAAGUUAUCACACUCUGUCUCAGUGUGAAGUGAUGCCACCUGAUCCCCCAAAGAACCGUGAACGAGGAAGCUCAGUGAAGACAGCCAAUAAUCCAAUUUUCUCCAAUGUAAAGAACUUGGAGAGGGAGCGAUUGGGCCCAUAUGGACCAGAGUGUAACGCCACUUUACCAGCAGACUGGAAACAUCACGCCACAGCACUCUGCAAGGAUAUUGGAGCCCUUGGAAUAGACAGAAGCUUCAGCUACAGCAACAGUUUGGGAAAAUAUCACAAUAAAGAAUAUGACAACGAUCCUCCUCUGGACCUGAGCAGCACCUCCUUGAACAGUGAAAACCUUUAUGCAACAAUUAAGGACUUGCCCAUGCUUAUCAGCAAGACUUCAGAGAGCAGCUACAUGGAAAUGAAGUCUCCUGUGCAUAGGGAGCGGUCUUAUGCUGAAAUUGUGGUUCUUGCAGCACCACCAAGCAAAGUAAAAGAUUCUGACUUGGAGAGGAGGUCCUUGGUAGAAGUGCCUGAAAGCCCCACUCAGAAUCACUAUGAUCUGCCAAAAAACAGCCACAUUCCCUGUCACUAUGAUCUUCCUCCUGUGCGCCAACCUCCAUGUCCAAAGCCCCAGAGGCUAAAUCGAUGAGAAAUAGAGGAGCAGUGGAUUGUGGAUUAUGCCUCUUAGAGCCGUUUUUGCAGAACAGGAACGGGAGAUAUAUUGGAUACAAAAUGCCCGUGUGAAGGGCAGCUUCCUUACUGCAGCAUCACAUUGCUCACAGAAGCAAACAGGACACAGGACAUAACCUGUCCUGUAUGUCUUCUUCUUCCAUGUACUGAGACUCAAACGUCUGAGAUGAUCAGGUACUUGUGUCUUCUGUCUGUAUUUGUUUACCUUAAAGAGGUAAACAAAAAAAGAAACUGCCAUGAACAAUUUUAAUGCUGUGGUCCAAGGACUUUUGUUGGACUCAAAAAAGAAAGAAAUCUGAACAAAAUAAGCCAAACAAAAACAGGAUUCAGAAAAACUUGAAAAUGAGGACACCCCAAUUUUGGUCAAAGUUAACUCUUAGGUGGCUCUAAAAUAAGCAGCUGUUAGCUUGGACAUAUUUGACAAGUGUGUACAUUACUAGCACUGCUCAUCCAUGCUAUUUUGAAUUUCAGCCUGAAAAGUAUUAAUUCAUGGAUGUUUGGUAAAUCUAAACAUCACCUUGGUGCUUUCAGUUAAGUAUUAAGUGCAGACUGUGCCUCUUACCCAUGCAUGCAUUCCUAUCAUCAGAGCUUUACCACGGUGUGCUGUUUUUGAUUUUCCUGUUACUGUAAAUACCAUCAACCUACAGCGGCAGCUGCAGUAUUUCAAAGGCUUCUUUGUGCUGAAUGUUGUUCAAAGAGAUAAGAUGCAAAAAAAUGCAAUGCAUUGUACACGUACAGUAUACAUGUUGUUAUUUAGAAAUACUGACUUCCAGAAGAAUGUAUUAUUGUUCACAGGAAUCAUCAGAUAAAGUAGUGCUGGAAAUAAGUCAACUCAAAGAAGUAAAGCUGUUAGUCCUGGUGACUGUGUUCCCAGAGCAAAGGUGUCUUUGUUAGCCAUUGACCAUUAGCAUUGCAGGACAAUGCCGGACCUUAGUGUACUCAAGCCUCAAUCACGUAUUUGGCUAGGAAUAUGUGCUGGUGUCUGGAAGGUUUGUCGGUAGAAGUCCCGCUACUACCAAAAAGGAUCCUACUCCGUUUGGGCCCUUGAGUAAGGUCCUUAAUCUGAAAGUUGCUCCAAUGGUGUUGUACAAUGGCUGACCCUGCACGUUGACUCCCAAAUAUCAUGCAAAAAGACAGUUUCCAUCCCACUGGUUUAUAAAGUAUAUCAAAUCUAAAAAUCAAAAUCAACCAUCUCCGGUACCUGCAGCACACAAAGUUUCAUUCCAUUUAGAAAUGUUAAUUCUUGAAUUAAAUUGUGUAUGGGUAGGAAAAGUGGUAGUAAUGUUAAACGCAGAAUUGUUUUUUCUUUGUCUGUCUGUUCAAUUUUGAAUACUUUAAGCAAAGACAGCCAUGGCCAGCCUUUGUACGAUGUGUAUGACCACAGACCAGAGAGUAAAAAAUGAGGUCAUUUGUUCCUCCUUCGAAACUGAAUUUACAGUGAUUUGUAAAGAUUUCCUGUUAUAUAAUCUGCUGAGUCCUGCUGUGAUUUAUCUGUUUUGUAAUGUAUUUUGUCAUAAUAAAUGCCAAUCAUAGGUUGUUUUGUUAUAAAUGCAUAUCAUAGGUCAUCUGUUGUAGCUUUGCCCAAUCCAGCCACCUCUUUUUAGGCAUCCACUUAAAAGAAUUCUCCACUCAAACAUGAAUAUUUUAUUAUAUGUUACUUACCCUAUGCAGUUUGUAGUGAAAUCCAGAGACACAAGUCACAUGAGAUUUCUCAUGAUCAUUUUUGACAUUGUUUGUUGUUGUCUAGCAUUUUUCACCAUAGCCACCUAUUCUGUCAGAAACUUUAUCUCCAUUCAAUAUGAAAAUAUGAGAUUAAAAUGUUUUUUCUCAUCCAUCAUUACAAAUAAAAUGGAUUAAGUAACAUAAAAACAAACAUUUUUUGGGAGGAGCAUUCCUUUAAGUAACAGUUUUUUGACAUUAAUAGAAGUAUUCAUGGUUACUUGUGUAUUUAUUUUAUGUGUAAAGUUUUAACUGGCAUCAUCUGCUUGAGAGGUGUCAUUAAGUGCCAACUGUAAGAUUUGAACUCUUCUCAGUAGAUGUACUACAAUUGAUGAAUGUGUACAAAUAUUCAUAUGUCAGCAUCCUCCUUUUGUACAGCAUGUUGCUAUGAAGAAUAAAGUGACGUGAAGUUUUCUAA